UUUGCUGCACAAGCACUCCUGGAUAAAACUGCUGACCUAGUUCUGGGACACCAACUCAUUCUUCUGGCUCCACACGACAUCUCUGCUAUACUAAAUCAGACUCCACCCAAAGCAUCACAGCACGGCAUCUCAGGCUCCAAUGCUCCCUGUUGAUACCCGACAAUGUCACCCUACUGCGAUGCAAUGUAUUGAAUCCUUCCACUCUGCUUCCACUUCCUGAGGGGGUAGACGAAGGGAACGAUGAUGAUGAAGAUGGGCAUGAGGAUUCCAGUCACACAAAAUACUCCCAUGACUGUUUUAAACUCAUGAAAAUGGAAACAGCACACAUGCCAACUGUAAGUGAAACCCCGCUGCCCAAUCCAGACCUCACUAUGUUUGUGGACGGUUCAAGAUUUGCGGACGAACAUAGAAGAUACCACACAGGAUAUGCCGUCACGACAGAAGAUGCAGUACUAAAAGCUGAGGCCCUACCUCCUACCAUGCCAGCACAAGAAGCUGAACUUCAAGCCCUGACCAUGGCAUGCCGCCUGGCAAAGGGAAAAAAGAAAAUAUCCACACAGAUUCGAGAUAUGGUUUUGGCAUCACACAUGAUUUUUGAGUCAUUUGGAGAACCAGAGGCUUUCUGACAGCAGCGGGAACACCAAUAAAACAUAGCAUGGCCAUCAGGGAUCUGAUGGAUGCUCUACUCCUCCCAACUCAAGUGGCGAUUCUGAAAGUGAGGGCACACGGACGAUUGAACUCUAGGGAAACAAAGGGCAAUCACCUAGCGGAUUCUGCGGCCAAGCAAGCAGCCAGAAACUCACAGGAAAAGAAGAGCAGAGUGGAAAAUACUUCAAUGCUGGCUCUACAAACCCUACCACUGGACAAAUCCCAACUGAAAGAACUUCAAGAGGCAGCAAGUGCUGAAGAAAAAGAAAUAUGGAAACAGAAGGGAAUAGGAUAGGAAUGGCUUAUUCAAAAAUAACAGGAAACCCUGCUUACCAAGAAGUAUGUAUCCAGCAGUGGUACAGUAGGCACAUGGUGUCGUUCAUCUGUCAAAAACUCUCAUGAAUGCCCUCAUCCAGAAAUAUUAUACAGCACCAGGGAUCACGCCACUAACAGACAUUUACUGCAAGUCCUGUGCUAUUUGUGCAAAAUGUAAUCCAGGCCGUACAGAGAAGACACCCCAGAAACACCUGGCAAAACCAUUAUAUCCAUUCCAAAGGAUACAGAUCGACCACAUCCAGAUGCCAAAGAGCGGAAUAUUUGAAUACGCCCUUGUCGUGGUGGACAUGUUCUCCGGAUGGCCUGAGGCCUACGCGGUAGUCAAUAUGACAGCCAAAACCACGGCCAAGAAACUACUCAGUGAAAUAGUGUGUCGGUAUGGAGUACCAGAAGUAAUAGAAAGUGACCAAGGAUCUGCAUUCACAGCCACAUUGACUAAAGAAAUUUGGUCUGCACUAGGAGUUACUUUGUCUUUUCCCACCCCCUAUCAUCCCCAGAGCAGUGGGAAGGUUGAAAGGAUGAAUGGUACCCUUAAAAUGCGUAUGUUGAAAAUGUCCCAAGAAACUGGUUUGCCCUGGACUGAUAGUUUACCCAUAGCCCUCUAUAGUGUCAGAUACACCCCUAGAGGAGUGCAUUCCCUAUCCCCUCAUGAGAUCUUGUUCGGCACUGCCCCUAGAUUAGGGUGUUACUAUCCUCAGCAGCUACAAAUGCAAUCGGAUGCCCUAACUAAUUAUGUGACCGCAUUGUCAAGAGAGUUGACUAAGAUACAUGCCCGAGUGUUUUCUUCUAUUCCAGAUCCUGAAACAGAUACUGGAACUCACAAGCUAUUGCCUGGUGAUUGGGUACUAAUAAAGAAAUUUGUGAGAAAGAACCCUCUCGAGCCCAGAUUUGAUGGUACAUUCCAAGUCUUGCUGACCACAGCCACUUCAGUUAAAGUGGGAGGGAAGAACACUUGGAUCCACGCCUCCCACUGCAAGAAGGCAUCAGCACCAGAGGACGAAAAAGCUACGUUGUCCAGACCAUGA